CCCUGUUCUCUAUUUACAUCAUUGUGGUAUUAAUCAUGGGAUUGUUUUUUGAGGUCCAGGCUAUAUAAGUGUGAAAUCAAACACUGUGACCAGAACAUCUUCAGCCAUGUAUAGAUGUAAAAUGAAAACCAUCCUCUUUGUUUUUGCUGCAGUCCACGUCUUCUACACCUCUGCGCAAUCAUGUGCAAGUUCAAACUUCCCAAUUGUUGAAAACGCUACAAUUGCACAGGUGAACACGGACUCCUCAAACAGCAACCUCUUUGCUGUUACAAGAUGUGAAGUUCUCUUCGAGACUAUUAUAGGAGAACGCCUAUCCGUGGUGGUAAUAGUUAUUGAUAUCCAGGGAACUGUGUGCCUGAACAACUCCGGUACCGAUCCAUCACUCUGUGACCUGAUACCCAUCUUGGAUGCUGAAACUGCUACUUGUACAAGCACAAUCACACUGGAUGUGGACCGAGUUCAAAGCGUUGUAGUUCGGUGCUUUGACACAAACGUGACAACACCAGCUAUCACCCCGACCACACCGGUGACCACACCGAGCAUUUUAGUUACCACACUGGACACCACAGACAGCACUUUAGUUACCACACCGACCACACUGGACACCACAGACAGUACUUUAGUUACCACACCGACCACACUGGUCACCACAGACAGUACUUUAGUCACCACACCGACCACACUGGACACCACAGACAGCACUUUAGUUACCACACCGACCACACUGGACACCACAGACAGUACUUUAGUUACCACACUGACCACACUGGACACCACAGACAGCACUUUAGUUACCACACCGACCACACUGGUGACCACAGACAGUACUUUAGUCACCACACCGACCACACUGGACACCACAGACAGUACUUUAGUCACCACACCGACCACACUGGACACCACAGACAGUACUUUAGUUACCACACCGACCACAACUGUGACCACACCAACAACCACGACCACCACAACCACGACCACCACACCAACCACAACCACCACAACAACCAAAAAACCCAGAAAACGACCAUCAUCUUCAUCAUCAUCAUCAUCAUCAUCAUCAUCAUCAUCAUCCGAAAGCAAUGAACGAUCAAGGAGAUGCACAAGAAAGAACUAUGGCCGAAGAAGAGGAAGGUUUUGCAGGAGAAGACCUGGCCACCGGAGGUGGAGGGGAUUUUCACGCAGGCAGAAGAAAAAUAACAGGCAAAGGAGUCUAACCAGAGUUAUUCGUUUUGCUCCGACUGCAGCUCUCAAGAAAGAAGAAAAUCAAGAUAGUAAAAUGCAGAUACGCCACUGACUUCUGACAGUAGGAGAUCUGACAAAGCAGCUCCAGAACAUGAAUUGCUCAAAAGCCUUCUACACAGUGUGCUACAAUUACUGCCGGGCCUGAUUUACUCCUGCAUGUAACUGCUGGGAUUCUCAUGUUUUAACGUGAGAGUUCUCUUCCUCUCCUCUGCAAUAUCUGUCUUUUCCCUGCAAUCCAACGAGUUGUAACAGCCUGACUGCUACUGUAGACUGAUAUACAAUAAAAUAUUAGGAAAUGUACCAACCUGGAUGGGGUCUCAUCAGAUACUGUGCUUUUCCGGAUGUAAACAAUCCUAUAGCUGUUUCACACAACUUUUCAAAUAUUUUUUCUUGAUUUUUCAUGGGAUAUCAUUUGGUAUUAGAGUUAAAGCAAUCAUGUAUUUGAUUAAACAAUAGUUGCAACUUGAUUCCUUAUUAAGAAAUUGUGAUCAUGUAAUCUACAAGGUAGACAAAAAUACUGGAGAAACUCAGCGUGUGAGGCAGCAUCUAUGGAGCAACGGAAUAGGUAACGUUUUGGUUUAAGUUCCUU